AUGCGUGAGGUCAAACUCCUAACCAUCACCGUGACCACCGCUUCCGGGCACGGGGUCCACGCCCUGCUCCCCUCGGAGCCCUGCUACUGCACCGUGGAGGUGCCCGGCAACAGGAAGCAGACCGGUUUUGGGAGGGCAAAGGCCGGCUCCAGCGCAUGCCAGUGGGACGAGGCGCUUGAUUUCGAGUACGAGGGAGGCACGCCCAAGGCGCUGCACGUGGAGCUGCACGGCCAGCUGGCGCACGGCGCGGACGACCUGGUGGGUGCUGGGGAUGUGGACCUGCAUGAGGUGCUGGAGCGUGGCACGAAGCAGGUGGUGGAGGUGCCGCUGACCAAGGGGGGGCGGGAGCUGGGCGCUGUGGAGCUGUGCAUACAGCACACAGCCAUGCCCGGUGCCAAAUGA